AUGUCCAACCCAUCGCCGCCCGCUGCAGUCUCAGGGAACAAUGCUGGCAACGAUGAUUCCGGUAUGGCUCCUCAACGUCCCCUCCAAGAACUCCAAAAGAGCUUUCUGAUUGCCCCUCCAUCUUCUUCUAUUACGGUGAACACUACCGCCACUGCUGCAGCUCCCGCGCCGUUUCCUCCGCCUAAGACCGACAAGCCUCGUCCUCACGUCUGUGCUACUUGUCAACGCUCAUUUGCCCGAUUGGAACACCUGAAACGUCACGAACGUUCCCACACUAAAGAGAAACCGUUCGAGUGUCCCGAAUGCACCCGAUGCUUUGCUCGACGAGACUUGCUACUGCGCCACCAGCAGAAGCUUCAUCAGACCACGACACCUUCGUCGCGGCCGAGAAACCGUCGCGAAAGUACUAGCAGUACUGCCACCGCUCAGAGUCGAGCUCGCAAGAAUAGUGUUGCUAGUGCAAAUGCUUCCGCCCAAGCCGCCGCGGCGAAUGCCUCGAUGAGGCCUCGCGCAAAUACAAUUAGCCAUGUUGACGGAAAUCAUAUGCAUAUGAUUGCAGCUGCUAAUGCUCAGGUCGCGAGAAACCAACAGCAUCACAUGCCCCCAACCCACAGCCGGCACCAGAGCCUCGUAGGAUUACCGUUACACAAUAUGGAUAACGGCUUUGCUGGUAUGUCUGCGGUAAUGGGCCACAGGGGCAUGAACCAUGGACUCCCGAAACUGGAGACUCACAGCAUUAAUAACAUGGAUUUCAAUGCCGGGUUGCGAACCGCGCCGCCUAUGCCUUUCCAACAGGAUUAUGAUUUCGAGGGUUUGCUGUUCGGUCAACCUGGUUCGACUAUCAACCCAAAUGCGCUUCACUACACCGAAUCUCCACAUUCGAUGUCGUUGGACCCUACAUCUCCUUUUGGUCAUGGGAUGACGGACAUGUCUACCCCUAGCCAACAUAUAGAUGAUAGCUUUGACUGGCUAACAGGGUUCGAGCAUCAGAUGUCAUUCAACACUACAGGUGAGAAUGCCGUUGACGGUUCGUCUCCGUCCGCGAUGAGCACCACUAGUCAGAGCGGUAUUAGUGAUGUGAUGCUUGAUGGCUCGAACCCUACAGCUGUGACAACCGCAUCUAGCUCUAUAUGGCAGCCGGCUGUGAUGGGUCCCCCUCAGAUGACCAAUCCUUUUUCCAUGGAAAUGAGUGGGACAGUGUUUCCAGAUCUGUUGAAUGGAGCACCAGUGUCUCCUCAGCCAUCAUCUCAAAAGAAUAUGAGUGAUAUCUAUUUCUCAACACCACCUCCAUCUAUGAGUUCGCUUAGCCCUUCCAUAAUGCCUGGCUUGACCACCCACGGCAUGAAUCAAUCAAUGAGCAACUUUGGCCCUGGUCCGGAGACACCCACUUCUAUUGGUGGUGGCCACCAGUCACACUCUCCCGUCUCAACCAUCACCGAUACUACGCGGAAUGCAAUUAUCGCUGCAUUAUCCCAAUGUGCCACAUUUGGCGGCCGUAAAUACUCAUUCACUUCACCUACAUCACCGAUGUCUCCACAGUUUUCCAGCACCCCAGAUAACGCUUCCGACAAUAUAAAGAACUUACCAAGUACUCAGGAUCUCCAACGAUAUGUCACAGGCUAUUUCCGAUAUUUCCACCCUCAUCUGCCUUUCCUACAUAUUCCUACUCUGUCGUUUGAUACCCCGUCCAAUUCAGGCAAUGGACGACCAAAUAUUAUUGGUGGAAGCGGGUGCCUCGUUCUCUCAAUGGCAGCCAUCGGUGCCUUAUAUGAGAUGGAUCGCGGUCAGUCUAGGGAGUUAUUCGAGAUGGCGAAGAAGAUGAUCCAGUUAUACUUGGAGGAGCGAAGGAAAGCCGAUAUGCGAAAGGCCGAUUUUAGGCGAACCCCGUCGUCUGAUCAAGGAUCUCAAGGGCCCGAGUCUUCGAUCCACACGCCGCUAUGGUUGGUACAGGCGAUGCUUCUGAAUGUGGUGUAUGGUCACAAUUGCGGGGACAAGAUUGCGAGUGAUAUUGCCUCAACCCACUCUGCCGCCCUUGUCAGCCUUGCUCAGGCUGCUGGUUUGCUUCGUCCGGUAAAGAUGGAUGCGGCGGAAAUCCGAGAAAUCCAAAUGAAUGAUGCCGAAGGAAACUGGAACGGGGGACUUAAGGCUGAAUCCGAGGAACAGGCCGAGUGGUUGAGGUGGAAAACAAUGGAGGAACGAAAACGCACCCUUUACGUCAUCUUCAUUCUCUCGAGCCUCCUAGUGACCGCUUAUAAUCACACCCCAGCAUUAACAAAUUCCGAAAUAGUUCUGGAUCUACCUAGCGAUGAAGAGUUCUUUGCAGCUGAAAGUGCCGCCUCUUUCCAGUUAAAGGGUGGUGUGCGGGCCGCCGGACACAACCGGACGACCUUCCAUGAAGCCCUAAGUGAACUGCUUCGCACUAACGAGAAGCAACAAAAGCUAGCAUUCGGCAACGGGCAACAGCAAUUGGGCCCAGGAAUUCAAAUGAAUGAUAUUCCACCUAGUGAGCUAAAACCCAGCACUCUCGGUUGCUUGGUUUUGAUCAACGCGCUCCACAAUUACAUAUGGGAGACACGACAACGCCAUCAUAACAAGAUGUGGACGAAUGAAGAAACCGAGAAGAUGCACCGUCACAUUGAACCGGCACUGAAAGCUUGGCAGUCAGCUUGGGCGAGCAACCCGCACCAUAGCUUAGAACGUCCAAAUCCAUUUGGAAUGGGCCCCUUGUCAGCCGAUGCUAUCCCUUUACUUGAUCUAGCUUACAUUCGAUUAUUCGUUAAUAUGUCCCGAACUAAAGAGAAGUUUUGGCAGCGAGACUGGGAUGGGCUCGCCGAUGAGCUCUCCCGUGGAACGGAAAUUGCCCAGCAUGCGGAGCAUUCUCCGUCGUCAAACGCAGAAUCUAUGACAGACCCAUCCGACGCCUCCGCUACAAGUUCGGUUUUCAUCGAUUCGCCACCAACGCAAUCAUCGUCGCCUGAAUUUUCCGCUGUAAAGUUCCCUUCAUCCGCGCAGCCGCAGGCUCAUGGUUCAAACAGCCGAACCAUUACUCGUCGGGAGAAACAUCUUCGCAAGGCGGCUUUCUACGCUGCAGACUCUCUUUCUAUGUCUGACAAGUUAGGAGUGACGUUUGCCGAGUUCAACAGCCGUGAACUUCCUGUACAGUCCGCGAUGUGCUCCUUUGAUUGUGCACAAGUCCUUGCUGAAUGGGUCGCUACACUCCAGGAUCGGGUUGGGAGAUACCUUGGUGUCCUCGGUAAGGAUGAUGUUGAUAUGGGGGGAGUUCCUGCGAUUAUGCUCCUUGAGGAUGAGGACGUCAAACUCAUCCACAAAAUACAGGAGCUCUUGUCUAGCGCUGAGAUGAAGAUGAAUAUGGAUAUCGUGAGUGGCAAUGUCAAUGGCGGUAUUGAUUCUCGUCUUCAGAUGGAUAGCCACGGCGGAUAUGCAGCCAAGAUCUUAAGGGUCACGGCGUAUAUGCUUGACAAAUCCGCUAUAUGGCCUGUACUCCAUCUGAUGGCGCACUGCCUCGAGAGUCAUGCUAAUUUCAUGGCAUCACGAGCCGAUAAGUCGAUCAUUGCUAGUGAGUAA